AUGAAAAAGCUCUUUGACCGUGUCUCCAAGGGUCUAUCCGACGACUCUUCCAUCCUGUUACCAUCGCCUGGAGCUUCAAUCUUGUUCAUUGAGACUGAAUGUACAAUGGAUUGCCUGUCUCAAUCGCAAAAACGCGGUGUUGCUGGACUCUGUGCGUGUCUUCUGCCUGCUGUCACCGAUGGUUCUACUGACUUGAUUUGGUCCAAAACGUAUCUCCAGCUUCUUAUAGAGAACUUUGUCGGGCUCAAUAAUGCCCAAACCGAUGCUUAUGUACCCAUUUUGACAUCCCGACAUUUGCAGUUAGCUGAAAAAGCGCACGAGCCGUCAACUGCCACAAUAGAUGAGCUAGACCCGUCACCCUUUUUAGCUCUGAUAGUGCCCAAUAGAGACACCAUUGUAGGCUUCCAACGCUUGGCAAUCAGGCUCAAGCACCGGAGUAAGCCACAAAAUCAUUCAGGAACACAGGGCGAUGAUGCCUUGGACAUGUCAGAACUGCUCACAACCGAUAGAUUUCGUCUUGAAGUGGUCAAGCAGCUCCUGUGGUUUACCGUGAAGAAUGUGGGUUACGAUGCCAGAUCUAGGACUUUACUAAGGAAAUUGAUACUUGCUAUGCAGCUACAGUGGACAGAUGUGAUAAAGGAGGAGGUACAGAUUGGCCAAACGCUGUAUGCUGAAGCUACAUCCAUGCCAUUGGAUAAAGCGUCGGCCAAGUCCAAGACGUGGGACAUGAAACGCCAUGCGGCUAUUGGUGCAGCAAUGAUGACAGGAGGUGCACUACUUGCUGUGACGGGUGGACUGGCUGCUCCUGCUAUUGCGGCUAGUUUGACGGCGCUUGGAGGGGCAGGAGCGACGAUAGGUGCAGCAGUGGGCUCGGCGGCAGGUGUCACGGCCACUACGGUGCUCUUUGGUACGGCUGGAGCUGGAGUCAUGGGCAUGAAGGCAGAUACAAGAACAAAGGGCGUUCAUGAUUUUAGCUUUGAUCUUGUGUCGGCGGGAGACGGUAUGAAUGUCUACAUCUGUGUAUCUGGAUGGCUCGAUGAUGAUGACCCGCCUACAGCAGGAUUUCGACGAGCGUGGGGAGAUAGUCGGGAGUACUUGCGGGCGUUUUACCGGCAGAGAAACCCUGAAAAGGUGGGCCAAGUAGACCACUUUAUGGACCGGUAUAAAGGUCGGGAGGACGAAUUCUUUGCCAUCUUGCGUCGCACUUACAAUAUCGACACCGGUGAUAUAGAAAAUGAUCCAUUAGGAAUAGCAGAUCUAUCGAGGAUGGCAAUGGAAGACGAAGACGCGCGCUACAGUGACGUUACAAGUUUGAACAGCGACUCGAAUGCAAUUUCAACCAGUGCGUUGAGCACGACCGCAAGCAACGAUAACGCUACAAUGUGGGAUCUCGGGACGAAGCAUGAACCGCUACGCGCGUGGCGCUGGAAGGAUCGCUUUCCGCAAGGUGACCAGUACUGCCUUGUCUGGGAAGAAGCAGGACUUCGACGGUUUGGUAAAUCGAUGCGCACGUUUGCAGCCGAACAAGUUUCAACGUACGCGGCAACAGAAAUGGUCAAGUACACUGCAUUGGCUGCGCUGUUUGCUGCAGUAGCACUACCGCGAGCGAUUCUUCGACUGGCUGAUAUCAUUGACAAUAGUUGGACAGUAACUAUGAACGCGGCUGAUGCUUCUGGUAAACUCCUGGCAGACGCACUGCGCAAGCGCGAGCAAGGUUUGCGUCCUGUUACACUGGUUGGAUAUGGCAUGGGUGCUAGGCUGAUUUUUUCCUGCUUGAAAGAACUGGCUAAAAGCGGCUCGAUAAAUGAAUCAUGCGGCAUUGUGGAGAACGCUGUUCUGCUCGGGUCACCCGUCCCCAUAGCGCGUGACGACUGGACAAACGCUCGCCGUGUAGUCUCCGGAAGGCUAAUUAAUGGGUACUCGGAAAAGGAUUGGAUGCUGGGUCUCAUGUACCGCUACCAGAGCUGGGCACUGAACUCAGCUGGAAUUGCACCUCUUGAUAUUAUUGGUGUCGAGAAUGUGGAUCUUUCAGGAAUUAUUGGAGGGCAUCUAGAGUACAAAAGCAAGAUUGGUGCCAUUAUGGAUCUAUUGCAAUUAGAGAUCUGA